AUGACCGACGUUCUUGGCCAAUUCAAUUAUUUUCAAUGGAAACCAUUGUUCAAUGAAGAAAAGCCAUAUUACCUAUACACGGACCCUCCACCAGGGCUCCCAAAUGCGAACUUCUCCACCAAGCCUGGCGACGCUGAGACAGUCCAUGAUGUACGGGGGAGAGAAAAUGAGUUCAAUCUCGACAACCAUGGUUUCGCUUUCACCCGCCAGAAGUACCCGUUCUCGCUCAAAGAUAUUGAUCCAGUGACUAUGAAGACGCAGUAUCUGCCAUCGUUAGAAGGCCUGAUACGGGAGCAACUUCAGCAGGACUGCGAAAUCUUCUGGUUUGAUUGGAGAAAGAGAUCGAGCGAUGAUAACAAGUCCAAAUUCCCAGAUGGCACCGUCAUUAGCCUUGAGGACCGCUUCGUUACUUUAGCGCCUAUUAGGGCGGUCCAUGUCGAUCAAACUCCAGCUGCGGCUAUCGACCGCGUGUAUCGACAUGUUCCUGAACGUGCCGAGGAACUUUUGAAAACGAAGCGGUUCAGAAUCAUCAACGUCUGGAGACCUAUUGGAGACACCCCAGUUGAGAAUUUUCCCCUCGCAUUUAUGGAUGGGAGCUCUGUUCCGGAAGGAAAUCUUAUUGUGGUUGAUGUUGUCCGUCGAUCUUUCCCUGGAGAAAGCUACUACCCCCUGGAAGGGAGGGGGUACAGGUGGCAUUUCUUGAACCACCAAACCCAAGAUGAGGUUCUGUUCAUGAAGAUGAACGACUCGAAUGAAUCUGUGAAGGCAAAGUGCUGCCCCCAUGCUUCGUUUGCUCAGUCCGAGGACCCAAGCGCAAAGCCCAGGGAGAGCAUAGAGGUCAGGGCGUUAGUAUUCACGGACGAGUAG